AUGUUCCUCAACGAUUCAAAUAUGCAUCCAAACCACAUGGAUACCCUCAGCAUGAGCCUCACUUCUCCUGCCGAGAUGGGAUCGUUCGAGUCGGCAUAUUUGGAGGACUUCGACAAGUUCAUCGACGGCGACAACUGGCUCGAGGCCGAUGAUGGCACUUGUCUCUCCAGCGCCCAUCUUCUCGACUAUUAUAACCCCAAAACCUGGGAGAACGGUGGACCUCCGGCUGCGGGCUCCACUAUUCUGCACGAGAUCGAUCCGAAGGUGUUCGAUGAAGAUGGUCUUCCGCGAUCGCGUUCGUUUCAGGUCGGCGAUCUUGGAGACUAUGUCCCUUCUUCUCCCAGCAUUACUUCUGUGCGCAACGGCAACGACAACGGAAAGGGCAAGAGACGGGCUUCCGAGGAGAAUCCUGAGGAGCGCCGCCCCGAGAAGCGCCUGAUGACCAACCCUGAAGUCAAGUCCCCGAGUCCUCCGAUUCCUUCCACCCCUGUUCUUGCUCCUGUCCUUACGAGCCCGGACCAUGAUAUUGAGCCGUUGAACCUGGGACCUCCCUAUUAUCCCCUGCCCUACCCUUUGUGCUGGGCCUGGACAGGACCUCCGACAGCCCCACAGAUACCCACUCAGAUGCCUUCCCAGAAUCCUAUUCAAAUGCCUGUACAGAAGCCUGCAAACGUGCCGCAGGUGACCCUCGAGUUUCUGGAACCCACCGUCCCCAAGGGUUUUGUCGCCAACCCAAACAACCAUGGCCGAUGGUCGUACGAUGCAGCUGGCAACCGGACUUACUUGAACCGUCCGAAGAAUAAGCAACCGAAGCAGAAGUGA